ACGCCCCCUUUUCUAGUUUCAGACAGUCCUACUGGAGGCGCUUUUUUCCAUUCAGCUGAAAUUACCAAAACAAAAUCCAACACAGGCAUGGUCAAGAAGCCCGUAAAUUUGCUAGAAUUUUACUAAUAAUCAUGGCCGUGGUGGCCGCCGCACGGUGGCCGCUCCUGCGUCUGACAGGGUCGCGGGUCAUGUCGUCGAUGACCAUUUUCGACCGCUCUGCAAAGCUGCGGCAACGUGAGAGGGCCGCAAACAACCCUGAAGUCGAAGUCUUCGACUACGUCAAAGACGAGGUCGGCUACCGGCUAGCCGAUCGUGUCUUCGACAUUAAGAGGCAGUUCAAGCACGUCGUCGACCUGGGCUGCGGACGGGGCUACGUGUCCCAGCACAUUUCGGCGGACAACGUCGCCAAACUCACCAUGUGCGAGAUGAGUCCGUCAAUUUUGAAGCAGGCCAAAGGCCCAGAGGAUGGCGUUGAAGUAGAGCGUUUGGUAAUUGACGAGGAAGGCCCGCUGCCGUUCCAAGACGUGGACCUAGUGGUCAGCUCCCUGUCGCUACACUGGGUGAACGACCUGCCCGGCACCUUCGAGAGGGUGAUGAAGUGCCUGAAGCCAGACGGUGCCUUCCUGGGCUGUCUCUUCGGUGGCGACACCCUGUUCGAGCUGCGCUGCUCGCUUCAGCUGGCCAGCCUGGAGAGGUCUGGUGGCAUCGCUCCGCACGUUUCCCCCAUGGCGCACGUGCGCGACGUCGGCUCCCUCCUCACCAGGGCCGGCUUCGUCAUGCAGACCGUGGACACAGACGAGAUCAAGAUCGGCUACCCUUCAAUGAUCGAGCUGAUGAUUGACCUGCAGGGCAUGGCAGAAAACAACGCGGCCAUCAACAGGGUUGCCCACUUGCCGAGGGACAACAUCCUGGCGGCCGCUUCGAUUUACAAGGAAUUGUACGGUGAUGAGAAAGGUGUACCUGCCACCUUCCAGGUAAUUUACUUUUUGGGCUGGAAACCCGACCCCAGCCAGCCGAAACCUUUGGAGCGCGGCUCUGGAGAGGUGUCCAUCAAAGACCUCUACAGGUUGGACGAAAUAGUGAAAGAAAUUCAUAAGAAAGACCGGACAGAGUGAUUUAGUGACAGUGAAUUGUUUAAAUAAAAUGAUCUAGAUUAUUACAAAUUACGCAAUUUUCAAGGAAAUUUUUACCCUAUGAAAUUAAAACAUGAUAAAAAGCGUACUCGCCCCUGCCUCUUUUUUAGGUAGGCAUUUUGCUCGGCUUAAGCAACAAGAGGGUUGCAUAAUUUCAAAACUAUCAAAUUGUGAGAAUUUUUGGUAACAAUGACAAAGAAACUGCAAGGAUACGACGUUUUAGUUUUUGGCGAAACUGCUGAAGUUGUGUAGUAUCCAACAAGUUUAGAGACAUCCCAGUGGUAAACAUUUGAUUCGAAAGAGUUUGCAAGUUAAGGAGCUCCGAAGGUUAAAAGACUUGUUGGGAAAUUUGAAACGAUUUCAAACUUUCUGACAAUGAGUUCAUUGCCAGGUCACAUAGCUACAAAAUCUGUUGCUGAGAAUGAAAUCUGAAAUUUUUUUUCGACCUGUACUUUUCCAUAAAUUUUAACAUUGUACAUGUUCCAUUUUUAAAAUCCCUAUAAAUUGCGAAAAUCGUUAAAUCGACAAAUUUCCACCACUGUGCGUGGUUCCCAUCAGACUACACGAGUUCAUCGGUUUUGCCAAAAACGAAACGUUGAUUCCAAAGAGUUCCUUCGUGAGCUGUUUAAUAUCUUCUGAAAAUUACAAUAUUAAUGUUUCUUCAUUAUCUUGUGUCUUGGUUUGCCUCCUUCUACCCCUCUUAAUUUGAAUCAGUCCAGCCAGUAUUGCGCAGAUAAUGAAGAUUUUGUAAACUAAUACAAAUUUAAUAUUAAGCCACGCAUCAAAUUAAAAAUUACCUGCAAGUAUGAACAUGGUGUAGGUGACGCCAGGAGCACUAAAAAAAGUUGAGAACAAUGCGACCGCAAAGUAAAUUCCCACAGAGAUCUCAGCAAAAGAUUUAAAACACCACGGCCACGCUAGACAUUUACAUUCCUAAAUUUUAAAGCAGAUUUAAAAAAAAAAAUCUAUAUAAGCAGUCGACUCACGGUUGUCAAUGCACAGAUGAGAGCUAUCAUGGUCAGAAUCGAAAUCGAAUCGCAGAGAAUGCUUGCAUAAGACUGCUCAUUCAUAAACAAAAUUUUACUGGGCUGCCAGAAGACCGUCAGCAAUUCUAAAAUAAAAGUCUAUUCUUUUUACCAAAAUGAAUUAACUAGUUUUUUUACCUGUAUAGUUUUCGGUUUGACCAUCAGCCAAGCUUUCAUUAAAUUUUGCAGAGAAGCUGCUGCAAUUUUGAACCACAUCUCUCGUUGCAAGACAGAGGUGGAGGGACUGAAAUUAUUGAUUAAAUGCCUCAAAUCAAUUAAAUAAAAUAUAGGGUCUUGCUCCACUUACAAUUUCGAAACACGCAGCAAGAAUAGCACACAGUCUAGGUUUUUCCAUGUUGAUGUUGGAUCGAUCAAUUAUCUUUGUAGUAUACGGUAGUGUAAACACAGCAAAGAUGAGCUGAAACAGGGUUGUGGGACCACUGGGAAAUGUUUUGAAAGAGGUGCCAACAGAGUAGGAUCAGAUGCCCCCGUCCCUUAAUCCAAUCACACCAUUUCUAAUUGACAAUGUGGUUGGCUGCUCUAAGGGACCAAUGUCAAAAAUAGCACUACGUCGCUGGGGACUUCUGACGAUGAGCUGCAGGGAUUUUUUUUAGUUUUGGAUAAAUUGUUUUUUUUUACAAAUGAUAUACAUAUCAAACAGAAAAUUUAUUUCCUUGCAGAUAAUCAAAUCGCUUUCUUAGUUUUUUAAUGUGUUUGUGUAUUCAAAAUUGAAACUAAAUGUACCCAUUGUACCCGAUCGCGUAGGAGGUUAAGAAAUAAUGCCUGGGCCGAUUAAGAAUGAUAAAUAAAUUGAGUAAAAUUCCAAUGUUGGAACUAUAAAUUUUCCUAUUUGCUUGUAUGGUCAAGAAGAUUAAAUUUUAGUUAAAUUGUGAAAAGUGCUACAUUUGAUUGUAUGUUUUUGCUGUCUCUAAAGUCUGAACAAUUUAUUUAAAAUUUCAACUUCUUGACCGUGCAACCAAUUAGAAAAUUUUCCAGUCCAAUCCUGGGAUUUGUUUAAAUAUCAGUUUAAUUUUUAAGUAUUUUUUUUCGAUUAAGCGAAUGAAAUCAAUCAAUAUUAUAAUCUUAUUCUAUCAAUCCAUUGAUUUAUUAACUGAGUAACACUUAAUUACUACAUUUCUUUUUAAUUUUUUCUCAAUACGCGCAAAAACAAAUAAUUAAUUAAAAAUAUACUCCAUCAUCAAUCAGGACAGCACAUUUUUCUAAAUUAAAAUUAAUGACACAGAACACUUUCCGAAACAGUCUUUGAUGCAGUAUUCGUGAUUGUUGACGAAGAUGCGCGUGUAUAUUAUUUUCGAUUGCGAAUGACUUGUCGCGUCUCUGCGGCGUUUUGGUUCAAACUGGCUCGUGGCGGCUUCCACUUAGAAGUUUCAACUCAGUCUCAGCAGGCUCCCCGUUCAUGUCUUCUGUCAUGUCCAUAGAGCCAUUCAUGGUGCUGACGCCACUGAGCACCAAAAAGGCUCCCAGCAACUCGUGUCCUAAAAUAGCCAUUGUCACUUGUAGUGUCGAGCGCGGUUAAUGCGGAAACUCAGUUUACCGAGAUAGGCGAGCAGUAUGGCGAGGACGAUCGGCUCCUCCGCCUGAACGUAAACAAUCAGGAAUAUAACCACGCCGAUCUCCACCACAGUUUUCACCAGCCACGGCACACUCAUAUACGCAGUUCUCUGAAAUUUUAAUUUGUUGAAAGAAAUAUUAUUGAAAAGGAUUUCUCCUUGCAGGGGAACAAAGUUUUAGGUGAUAAGCUGAAAUAGUUUUGGCUGUUCAGAGAAAUUCAUAAGAAAUUAUUCUAAAAAACAGGAAAUUUCCUAUGGUAAAGUCUAAAGAUUUAUUUUAGCUCGAGAGGGACUAAAUGGCAAUAAAUUUGAAUUUCAUAAGGUAGGAUAUUUUUGUAGACAUUUUACCACAAGCAUUUCACUUUUUUUCCAUAGCUGAAAUUGUUAUUAAUUUAAAUUUUUCCAAUAUACAUAUGACGUGAAAAUUUUUAAACAAACAUAGCAGACUUGAUUCUAAGCCGUUCUAUUUUGAUUCUGAAUUUUAAUUAAAGUGUUAAAACUACUUAAGCACACUCAAAAUUACAAAAAUUACUCUUCUGUACGUGUGAGAAUAAUUUAGUUUCAAAUAAAUAAUCUUUAUUAUGGUGUCUGCAGGGCUAUUUUGCCCCUUACAAUUUCAUGUCAAUUUCAUCAAUAGGCAAUAAAUCCAACACAGCGUUAUAAAUUAAAUGUGACAUGCUAAAGGCGAAAUGAAGAAUACUGUUAAAAAUCUACAAAAAAUAUCGUACUUUGAAUAUUUAAAUUUUACCCCGUUUACCUAUUGAAAUAAAAUAUUUCGAAGUUACAAUAUGUUAAGAACAAUUGAAAUAGUUUUAAAUCAUUUUCAAAAUAGUAUUUAUCAAGGGGUUUCAACAAAAUUAUUGAAAACUUGCAGAAAAUUUAAAUUCAAACUUACACAGCAAAGUCCGGCGGCGAGACAAAGAAUCGAUGGGAUGCAAAACAGUUCAUACACAGCUCCGACGAUCGCCAAAUAAAACAAAAA